AUGAGUACAUCAGGUCCUCCAGAGCCUAGUUCAUCAGUCGCAUUGACUGCAGUAACUCCUACAGUACCAACUUCAUUCGUUUAUCAAGAGUUAGUACUUCAUGUACAAACCAUUCAACAAAAAAUGAUUACCAUAGCCAAAUUUAUUGAUGAUCAAUGCAAAACCGAUGAAAAAAUACGACAAAAAUUGAAAUCACGUUCAUUCAUAUUUGUUGAUCCUUAUGGAAACCAAACAACAAAUGAAUAUUUCGAUCAUGAAACCAUUAGUACAAUAUUCAACAAGUACAAGAAAGAUUAUGUUCCGAAAUAUUUACAAAAAUGGACAAAACUUGGAAAAAUCAAUGAAACCGGUAUUUCACCAUUGAAUGAAAAUGAACUGAAAUCGUCAGUAUCCGAACAUGAUGAUGGUUAUCGAUUUGUUACAUAUGGCGAAGUCAACAUAUCGAUUAUAUAUCGAGAAGAUGUAAGACCUCAAUCAUUAUUACUACCAGUUCUGCUGACGGACAACAUAGAAAAGAUUAAAAAGCAAAUACAAAAACUCACAAAACUGAAAAAUAUACAAUUAAAAUCGUUGAUUUUAAAAGAAAAUUCUCCAAUGAUUACAGCAUACUGGGACGAAGGUGGAACACUCAACUCCAAUGACACUGUCUUGUCAUCUAAGUUAUAUGAAAACAAUUCUAUCAUUAUGGUUAAACUAUUGGAAGAGAGCGCGUCUACAGAAUCCAGUUCCAAUUUUGAUAUCUUUGCAAAAACUCUUACUGGAAAGACGAUCACUAUUAAAGUGAAUUCUGCUAUGAAUAUAUAUACUGUCAAACAACUGAUUCAAGAUAUGGAAGGUAUUCCUUCAGAUCUACAACGUUUAAUAUUUCCGAGUAAAAAAUUAGAAGACGAGCGAACUCUCUCCGAUUACAACAUCCAAAACGGGAGUAUGUUUCACAUAGUAUUAUGUUUACGCGGUGGUAUGUAUCAUUUUACAAGUGGGCGGCACAAUUUCAACAAAUUACCAUCAACACAAGCAGAAGCAAUAAGAAAUGUCCUUGCUUUUGAAUUUGAGCAAACUGACAAUCUUGAAAAUUUGUCUCCGGCGCAUCUACAAAAUUCUGUUUUACGAGGGCGCGUUUUACUAGUGGAACUACUCUCUAAAAUUAAAAACCAUUCGGUGCCCCACGAUGUUCCACAUUUGAAAAAUAUUAUACUAUCAGAGGCUGCUGAUGAGGAAGAUGAAGACGAUCAGGAGGAAACUUCCAAUGAUCAGUGA